AUGACGCCGAGCGCGGCACCUUUCCAGGACGCUUCGGACACGAAGAUUUUGUACAACGACUGGCCAUACGGCAUCGAUGCAGACAUUGUGCAUCUAGUUGUGUGGACAAAGUUUGAGCUUGAGGAUGAUGCAGAGACUGGGCUGGCGACGCCAGAGUCACGGAGGGAGAUUGAGGCGUAUGUGCAGCGUGUGUUUGGGCAAAAGACCAAGGAAUUUGUGUGGUUCAAGAACUGGAAGAGUCUGAAGAGUGUGCAUGCGGUAGAGCACUUUCAUGUUAUGCUGUACAGGCCGGACAAGGAGUUUGUGAGGGAGAUUACUGGCGGUGAUGUGGCCAUGUCGGACAAGUGUGCUGCGUGA